GCAGCGCUGAAAAAUGUGUUUACGAGUUGAAGCGCCUAAAAGUAUGCUUCGCCCAGCUUUUGUUGACUGAAAUGCAGCGCAUCCUUGAGCGCGCUCGUCUCCAGCGCGCAACGAAGCAUUUGAAAUGCUUUGAAUUAUUAAAAUGAAAUGGUCUUUUGGUUCUUUUAAUUUUGCGCGUGUGUGUUUGUGUUCGUUUCUAACUGUACACACUGCUUGACUACAUCAUAAAUAUGCGUCCCAGACAGCAAGUCGUUGGCAUGCAAUUUAUCAAUUCUCGUUCUGAAAUCGCACAAUGAAUCGAAAAAUCACAUACUAACCUAACGAAAACUCCAGAAAAUUGAACAGAAAAUUUAACAAAACUACAACAAAAACAAACAAACUAACUGAAAACGCAUCGUUCGCCCGCCGCACGCCGUGUAACCAGCAUAAAUGUUCCCGUGGCGGCGACGACGGCGGUGCGUACAACAAAUGCAACAAACACGUCUGUUAUUGCAAUUAAAAUGUCGGACGUUGAAAGAGCGCGCAACGCAACGAAGACAACAACAGCAAACAACACAGCGUCGACAACAGCAACAGCCAAAGCAACAACAACAACAAUAGAACGCAACACAGCGAACAGUGAACAACUGCCGUACAAGCACUGCUCAACAACAACAGCAACACCGGGCGCAGCAGCAGCCGCAGCGGUGAAACUGCAACACCAACAACUCUAUCACAAUCAACUUUAUCACCAGCAGCAACAACAACAAAGCUAUAGCAAGCCAACGUCACACUAUAAUUACAAUAACACCACAAGUGUUGCACAACAACAGCCGCAAUAUCAAUUGAUCACCAGCACCGGUGGCGAGUUUGGCGGCGCUGCUGACGACACAUCCAUCUUUGGCAGCUGCUUUGGUCUCUUGCUGAAGGUACUCUUCUCUCCGCCCGGUCUGGUGGCACUAGUGGUCGGCUACUCGAUGCUCGGUGCUUGCAUAUUUCCAUUACUCGAGGCACCACAGGACAUUAAUACGUCGGCGGCGAUUGCGAAGAGCAGAGAGGAGUGUCUGCGUGAGCUGUGGAUUAUAACGGAAAAACUCAACGUCUUAUACGAGCGCAACUGGUCCACAUUGGUGCACGAACAGCUGCGUCGCUUCGAAGAUUCGAUAGUGGCGGCCACACGUCAUACAAAUAACAGUAGUUACAGCAUCGGCAUGUUUGGCGGCAGUUCAACGGCGCUGCGCCGCUAUGGCAGCACAUUCGAUGCGUCCACAGAUGCCAUGUUGGCGCCGACACAUUGGACCUUCGGCGAGGCGUUACUCUACUCUGUCACUGUGAUAACGACAAUUGGUCAUGGCAGCUUGACGCCCCGCACUGCCGCUGGUAAAAUCGCUACAAUUUUGUACGCGCUAAUCGGUGUGCCGCUCAUGUUGAUGUGUCUCUCCAGUUUGGGUGCGCUGCUGGCGGAGGCGUUACAAUGUACCUACGCACGUAUCUGUUGUCGGCUAACGCGCCAUCAGCACCACCAUCACCAUACUCAUCAACACAGCCAGCCACACAAUCAACACCAUCACCAUCAGCAGCAUAAACAUGAGAAGGGUCACAGAGAGAAGGAGAAACAACCGCCGCCACAUGAUCUUUAUCAACAACAAACACAUCACCUGCAGGUGACCGGUGAGAAGAGCGGGCAUUUGCUCGAGGCGUCAGCUGGUUCAAUGGGCGUGAGUAGUGGUGGCGGCGGCGGCAGUAAAUAUGUGAGGCGUUGCAGUGCGGACAGUUUGGAUAAUGAUGUGCUGCUGAAGCGUGGACUGGGCGGUUGCCAGCAGGAAAAGGGGCAUGAGUUGGACUGCAAAAACUGUAAAUACGACGCUUUAAUUUCGGAAACAAAUCUGAGUAGUGGUUACGACUACAGCAAUAGCGGUAAUAUGGGCGAUUCGGGAGAUGACUCCUGUCGCCUGCUGCACAAUUCACCGGCGAAAUUGAAUCAAAAUCAAAUGUUGGCGGGAGCGAAAAUCAAUGCGCACUACUAUCAACAACAGCAUCAGCAGCAACCGCAGCUACAACAACCACAUCAGCAACAGCAACAACGUCCCGAUGUUAUGCUAAUGGCAACAACAGCAGCGGCAGCACCGAAAUCAAUGCAACAACAAUAUCAGCAACUUUAUAGCCGCUCGGCCACACCAUCACCGCAACAUUUGCAACAGCAGCCGCAACAACAACAACAACAUGCCAUGCAAACAUUCCACAUCGUAUCGGCCGGUUCGUCGCCCACGCAACAAGGUCAACAACAGCAACAACAACUACAAGCACUGCCAACAUUGCGUCAGUACGCGACACUGCAAACGCACCAACAUAAACCGCAACAGCAACAACAACAACCACAACAGUAUGUUGCUGUGCCCAGCGGUGCGCUGGUGCGUUUUCAAACAACAACAACAACGCCGGCCGCAACAGGCAUCGCCUCAGCGCUGAGUGGCAGUGGCAAUAAUUGCACCACCGACGGCAAUGGCAACGUCGGCAUCGGUGUGGGCGCCACACUCAUCGCCACCGGCAUGUCGGGCAAUUGUUAUCAAUCGGCGAAUGUGUCAGUGCCCGGCGGGGGCACAGCGACCGCCACAAUUUACUUUCCAAUUGCCACAGCAGCGCAUCCACAGCAGCAACAACAACAACACCAGCAAACAUCGAGCUUUACGUCCGUUGCCUAUGCGGCGGCAACAACAGCAAGCAAUGACGCUACAAUAGCAACAAAAAUGAGUGGCACCAGCUUGGGUUCGGGCAGCAGCAAUGCAGCCGCAACGCAAUUGCUUUGCAAUCAGCCGAUUGUGAAAUAUCACACCAUACAGCUAACGCAUGCUACGCGGAAACCACAACAACAACAAACGCAACAGCAGCCGGCUUUGAUGGGUAGCGCGGCUGAUGUGAUGCCACUGCCGCCACCGCCGGCAUACCAAACGGCAACGGUGCACGGUAUACGUCGAGCGAAAUUCCUGACUAAACCGCUGCCACCGGAGAUCAGCACAUUAGUAGCCGGCGAGCGCGAUUUAACCUGCCGACAUGAUUUAUUAUUACAACAAAGCGGUGGUAGUGCAGCCAGCAGCAAUGUAAACAAUGCAACUACAACACCAACACAAUCGACAAUAUAUGCCGGCACAACAACAACAGCAACAUCGAAUGCAUCAAACGCAACAACGAUUGCAAUGUUGACAUCCGGAUUGACAGCAACAGCGGCGGCAUGUAGCGGUAAUGCACCAACAACAACAACAGCUGCUGCAGCAACAGCCAACAACACACAAAUGGGCACAUUAAUGUCCGGCACAUCGUCCAUGGUUGGUUCGAAUGCCACAGUCGACAUAAUGGAGGAUGAAGAGGAGCACGAACAGCAACGAUUGGGUAACUGCCCACACGGCACACCAUCACGUGUACCACUGAUCUCUGGCAGCAGCGGCGCCAUCAACGCACACAGCAACGCCGGCAGCACAGACGAAGAGCAGCGGGGCGCGCGCAGUCUCUUCAAUGCCACCGCAGCCUCUUUCCAUCGACACACACUAAACACCUUCCAACGGAAUGCGGCGGCACGUAAAUCAACCACAUAUGCCGCAACACGACGCGCUGGCUGCAACAUGCACGUAACAAGCCACCGAAGUGGGAAAUCGAGCAGCUGUUAUGGCGACACAGCCACCGAGACCUCCGACGACGAGGACGUGGACGCGGAAGCAGCGUACAUGCAACGUGACACCACAGCUGGCGAACAGUUCCGCUUAACAAAACUCAACAAAGGCAACAAACAAACCAAGCCAGAUGAACAGACUGCCUACUGUGAUACCGAUGCGACUGCCGACGAGGCUGAGGACGACGAGACCGCCUCGAAUGCCGACGGCGAGACGGAGGAGAACGGCGCACAGGUGCCCAUCAGCAUUGUGCUGCUCAUACUCAUCUGCUACAUAUGCUUGGGCACUGUGAUUUUCGCCUUCUGGGAGAAUUGGUCCAUUGUGGAUGGCGCCUACUUUUGCUUUGUCACCUUGACCACCAUCGGCUAUGGCGACUUCAUGCCAGAACGCACGUUCCACGGACCGCACGUGCAGCUCUUCGCUUGUUGCGCCUAUCUCUUGUUGGGCCUGGUUCUGGUCGCGAUGUCUUUCAGCAUACUGGAAACGCAGCUAAUGUGGAAGUGCAAACGGAUUGCGGUGCGACUGAAGUUGGCCAAUGAUUGAUAGUGGCGACGCUUGUUGGCGCGUCGCAGCAGCGCCGGUGCGGUGGCGCAGUUUUUGUAGUAUGUAAGCGGUAGCAGAAGAGGCAGCGGUAGUAGCAGAAAAAUUAGUUAAUAAGUUGAAGUGUUAGCAGUAGGAAGUAAAUGAGCAGGGAAAGCGUUAAAUAAUAAUCUAGUCAUAUAUACAAAGCUCUAAGUUAAGUAGCGGUUAAUUAGUGGUUAGUUGAGCGCUGUAAAUAUUUUUGCUGUAAAAGUGCGUACGAGCGUUAAAAGUUUUAGUUAAGCGUUUUACUUACCUUUAUUGAUUUACCGUUAGCAUAACGUGUAAGUUAGAGUUGACAUAAGUCGCUUGGUCCUUAGCGGAAGGCUUGUGGUGAAUUGUCAAUGAGAGCUCGUUGCAUACUGUGGAUGGAAACAGAAAAGUGUGUCUCUUAAACCCGUCG